AGCCGAAUGCACCCUUCUCAAGCGCCGAACUCAAAGGAUGCUGACUGAUCUAUGUGCCGUGUCGGUCUGAUAUUCAGAAGGCUUCGUAAUCCCCGAGAGUCGGACUCGUCUCGUAUUGACUCUUCGAAGAUGUCAUUGACGGGGAUAGCGAGCGAGCGUAUCCGACUAUUUGUCCCCCAGUGACUUUUCGUCCCAGAAGAGUAGGCCCUCGGUCUGUUCUCCCCCUAGUCGAAGUCAGCGAAGGUCGGUCACCGAGGGAAGAUUUCGGCAUAAGAGGGAGGCGCGAGCUCACAAGCAAGCCUACUUUCGAGACCGUCGUGUAAGCAGUAGACUUGGAAUUCCCGAGAGACCGCGCAACGAUGACUGAGUCGCAGUCUAAGUACGGUAUAUAGGAAAGCUGAGCUAUAUCAUUGGCGCUACUCACACCUAGAUACACCUCUUGCAGCGUAUAAUCCGGGCACCUCAUGUCCCCCACCGUCUACCUGCUCACUGGCGCAAACCGCGGUAUUGGCCUCGGCCUCGCCAAACAAAUCGCAGAGCGCCCUGACGCCAUCCUCUUUGCCGGCGCUCGCGACCCCGAGCGCGCUACCGACCUACAAGCCCUCGCCGCCGCUCACCCCGACCGCGUGCACGUCCUCAAGAUCGUUUCCGCUGACAAGACAAACAAUAUCGCUGCCGUCGAAGAGAUUAAGCGUGUGGCCGGCCGCCUCGACGUAGUCAUCGCGAACGCCGGCAUCAGCGACUGCUUCAUGCCGGCGCUUGAGGUCCCACCUGAGGAAAUUAUCAGGCAUGUCGAGAUAAACACCAACGGACCCCUGGUGCUCUUCCAAGCAACGUAUACGCUUCUGCGCGAGAGCGCCAAGCCGAAGUUCAUUGUCGUCUCCUCCGGUAUGGGCAGCAUCACCUUCGGCGCCAGUCAGCCUGUAAACACAUACGCCUACGGCGCGUCUAAGGCCGCUGUCAACUGGGUGACGCGCAAGUUGCACCAUGACUUCCCCGAUUUUAUCAUUUUCCCCAUUAACCCGGGCGGCGUUGACACGGAUAUGGCCCACGACUCGCUGGCGCGAGAUCCCGGCAUGGAGGGGCUGCAGAAAUCCUUGAACAUGAUCACCGUUGAGGAGAGUGCGCGGAGCAUCCUCGAGCAGAUUGACAUCGCGACAAGGGAGACGCACGGUGGAAACUUCGUCGACUACUCUGGGCUAGGAAAAUGGGCAUGGUAGACCAUCGAUGCGUGGAGAAAUCUGUAAGCAGUAGUAUGAGCGUGCGCCGCAGAAAAAUGGAACACACAGCUUGGACGUGCCCACCC